UUGCCAUUGGCCGCACUCCCAGGGUACAUAGAUCCAGAAUCCAGAAUCCACGCUGCCGGCAAUGCCGCAGCGCUUUGUGCGGUCCAGGGCAGAGAAGCCAGCCCGCAGGCAGGUUGACUGCAGACAGCGAAGGACCUGCCAAGAUGCGACUUUCGUCUCCGAAGGCUCCAGCGAGGGCCACAUCACGCUUCGAACACAGGUCUGAUUCGGAAUUGGGGCGGCCAGCCUCAGCCCGUCGGGAAACGAAAGGCCCCAUUGACAGAUGUGCCUUCCCAGAAUGAAAUUCAGCCUGUCGCGAGCACACGUUUGAUCCUCCAGAAAAUCUCGGAGGCUAGAGUAUCGAAAAACUUCCAGUGUAGGAUUAUUCACUUCGGACUUGGGAUUAACAACUCAACCGCGAAGUUCGUGGGAUGAACAAUGAGGGUCACGUGAAAUCCAGAACAAACAGUGAUGUGGCUGUGCACCACUAUUCUUUCAUCGGCCCAUCCCGAACCUUUGAAUCCUGUACAUUCAGCACCUCAAACCAGUUUCGAACUUUUCAAAUGAAUCUCUUACAUCGAAUUGCCUGCUAACUGGAGAUUUGAUGGGCGCGUUCAACCUGUGUGUUUUGACGACACUUGAGCUCAGAACAAUAGAGACCGCGGCUUUUGUUCUCUAGCCGAGGACGUCCGAAGUCCUCAUUGUUCUUUGCUGCCCCCAUAUAAGACUCGGGCGCGUUCGUGAUGAGGACCAUCCACUUCUUUAGACUUUCUCUGUGUUUUCCUUCCGUGUCGCUCAUUGCUCAUGCCAUUCUCACGUCUUUUCACGACCCUCAUCGCCCUGGCUGGCGCUGACCUCAUUCAGUCCGUUUCUGGACAUGCCUCUCUCUGGCACCCCUCCAUGUACGGUUUCAACGUCACCCAGCAAACGUUCCCUUACGAUAACCGACCUGUCAGCCCACUGACCAACUUCACUUUCGACCAAUGGUGGUUCCACGGGCACCUCGCCUUCCCCCCACAUCCGACCGACAUAUUCGAGCUGCCCGCCGGCCAGGCCGCCACGACCGAGAUCGCCUGCAACAAGGGUGCCACGACGUUCUUCGCGUCCUCCGAGGGCGGCGACAUCCGGCCGACGCCCGACUCGAACGACGUAUGCCCCGGCUCGGGCACGGACGAGUUCCACACGAAAGGCUUCGACGACCUGACGGGCUGCGCGCUCGCUAUCGCAUACACUGCCGACGACAAGACCGUCGCGCCGGAGGACUUCACCGUGUUCAGCGUGAACCAGACGUGCGUGUGGACGCGCUUCACGGACUUCCAGGUGCCCGCGCGAAUGCCGCCGUGCCCGCCGGGCGGGUGUCUGUGUGCGUGGCUGUGGAUUCAUUCGCCUGACAGCGGUGGAGAGCAGAACUACAUGACCGGCUUCAAGUGCAAUGUCACAGGAUCCACGUCUGAAGUCCCUCUGGCCAAACCCCAAGUCGCGCGCCGCUGUGGUGCUGAUUCUAUGAACGGCAAAUGGCACGCGUCGCCGUCCAAUUGCACGUAUGGUGCCAAGCAGCCUCUCUACUGGUUCCAAGCCGAGCGAAACAACAUGUUCGAGGGAACAUAUGCCCCUCCAUUCUACACCGAUCUCUAUGGCUUCCGGGACGGCCAGCAAGACGACAUCUUCCAGGAUUCGUAUGCGUUUCUCCCGACUCCGGCACCCAGCGGCCCGCUCCCGAUCCUGAACAUGUCCGCAGUAGCCCAGCCGGAGCUCGUGCUGCAGCCGUUGUGGAAGAAGAACCUCCAGGCGAGGCGCUCGCACUCGAUGCGCAGGCAGUGGAUGAGUCGCGUUUCUUUCUAAGUUGAGCUGGUUUCAUGUACCACUAAUGUAAUACACUGUGUAAAUGUAGGAGAGAUAGCCUACUGUUGUUGUAGCCAAUAAUACUGUACUUGUAUCCUUGACGGAAGGCAUCGCGCAUUGACAAC